UUCUACUCUCGUGCCUACGACAUGCGCCGUCAUCUCAAUCAAACCCUAGAUUCCGUCAGCUACGAUGUAUUGGAGAACAAUCCAUGGAGAGAUGAUACGAAACCUGUUUAUGUCCUGACUCACACGGACAAUCAGCUUUGUACCAUGAAAACACGUCAAAAUCGCAGUGAAGUUGAAAGGGAACUAGGAUUGUUGUUUUCCAAAGGGAGAAAUCGGGGAUUGGGUAUGGGAAGUAAGGCUAAACAGUCCAGGACUGGCACCAGCUUUAACAUGUUUGUUGAAGAUAUUAGGGAGGGCGUGCUUGUGUUUGAAGAUGAAGAUGAUGCCACAAAGUAUUGUGAUCUGCUACAGGGAGGAGGUCAAGGUUGUGAAGGCAUUGCAGAACUUGAGGCAUCAUCUGUCUUUGAUAUCUGCCAUAGGAUGAGGGCUCUUGCUGUUCUCUUUCGCCGUGGAAGAACGCCCCCAUUGCCUAAAAGUCUUGAGCAAAACCUAAGGGCUCGGAAGCGAUCACUUGAAGACCAAGAUAACGUGUGAAAUUUUUUUGUGACUGGAAAUGUACUACCCUAAUCUUAUAUGGCAUCUAUCCAUUGAAUCUUGGAUACAUGUGUAUGUAUAUAAACUCUAUACAAAAUGAUAUAAAAUGACUAUUUGUACAAAAAAGUUCGUCCAAUUAACAUGUAAUAUGAGAAACUGAUAUUUCCUUUUGGAGCAUUGUGGAGUGAAACUUUCAUGAAAUGGAAGACAUUAUGAGAUCAUCGAAUAUUGAAGAAACAUGCAAAUUUUAUAAUGUGCA